AGUGAAUUGCAGUACAGCUAUGUAGAAUUGCAGUCAAUAUCCUUUUAACGUCACAGAUAAAAGCUACGACUGUGUUAAUAUAUUGUACUUAUUUAUAGCAAUUGCUUUGUUCCCCACAUCUUAGUAUAUUAAGUGUUGCCACUGUGGACUUACGCCAAGCAAAGCCCUAUUGUUUUAUUAUCAUUUUGAGUUUUUCAUUCAUAACAUUUAAUUCCUAUAAGUUUGUGUAUUUUUAAAAGUAUAAUUCAUAGUUAGAAUGUUUAUUGUUUAUUUAAUAAUUAUUUUUGUUUUGUUGGUCAUUUUGGACCGAUUGUUAAAAAAUGCGCAAUUCGAAAAGAUACCUGGACCCCGUGGCUUUUUUUUAGUGAACAAUACUUUGGAGGUGAUAAGGGAACCUGUUCGUUUAUUUCGUUAUUUAUUAUAUUUGUCAAGUAAAUAUAAAAAAAUAUUUAGAUUAAAAGUCGGUCACAAAAAUAUUGUAAUAAUUUACAAUCCGGAUGACGCUGAGGCUCUUAUAAAUGGAACUAGGUACAACAGCAAAGGGUAUCUAUAUGGCUUCAUUCGCCCUUUGCUUGGAGAUGGAUUGCUUUUGAGUGAUGGGGAAAAGUGGCACCAUCGAAGAAAAAUUCUUACUCCGGCAUUUCAUUUCAAUAUACUUAAGAAUUUCUAUUCAAUACUUUUGGAGAACUCUGAAAAACUUUUGGAAAGAAUUGAACCUGAAGUUUCACAGCCUAACACAGGGAUACUAGACAUAGUUUCAGACUACACUCUCAGAUCAAUAUGUGAGACAGCCAUGGGUACAAAGUUAGAUGAAGAAACAACAGAUUUCGGAAUUACUUAUAAGAAUUGUUUAAGCUCUUUAGGAUCAUUAUCAGUGCGCAGGGGACAACGCGUUUGGCAGUAUUCGGAUCUAAUAUACUACUUGACUAGCCUCGGUCAAGAAUUUCUAAGUUUAUUAUAUAUAACACGUAAAUUUCGUGACGAUGUAAUUGAUAAGCGAAUUGAAGAUUUGUGUUCUAAAAAUAUAAAACGAUUUGAUCACGAAGACGAUGAUGUAUUUGUGGUAAAUGGGAAAAAGAAGUUGGCAAUGUUGGACCUGCUGUUAGAAGCUGAAAAAAAUGGUAUUAUUGAUAGAAGUGGCAUUAAUGAUGAAGUGGAUACCUUUAUGUUUGAGGGACACGACACGACAGCGACAGCUCUUCAAUUCACUUUCAUGAUAUUGGCCAAUCAUCAAGAUAUUCAGAACAAAAUUAUCGAAGAAUGCAACGCAAUCCUUGGGUCGUCUGAUGCUUUACCUACUAUGAACGAUCUGACGCAGAUGAAAUAUUUAGAUUGUUGCAUUAAGGAAAGCUUGAGAAUGUAUCCGCCUGUUUUCUUUAUUAGCAGAACGAGUGAUGGACCCAUAAAACUAAAUAGUUAUGAAUGCCCGAAAGGAACCGAUGUGAUGCUAUUAAUUCGUGUAUUACACCUCAGAAGUGACCAAUUCGUGGAGCCGUACAAGUACAACCCGGAUAGGUUCAUGCAGGAGCCGACCUGGCAUCAGUUUGCCUAUAUACCGUUUAGUGCUGGUCCCAGGAAUUGUAUCGGCCAAAAGUUUGCUAUGUUGGAGAUGAAGUUAGCAGUCUGCAUGGUGCUACGCCGAUAUCGAGUGUUGCCUGUUACUAAACCCGAAGAUAUAAUAUUUGAUUUACAUAUUACAUUGCGUUCUAAAGACCCUAUUUUUGUUAAGUUUGAAAAGAGAUAAACAGGAUCAUUUACUGCUAUUCAUAAAAUAUGUAUCUGUUUUGGAGUUAUUUAAAAGAGUUCUAUACAAUUUGUUGUUUUAAAGUGAUAACCCUCACUUCUGGGAUUAAUAAUUAUACAAAUUAACUCUGUAACCAUAAUUUAUGAACAAUGCGGGACUCGAACCAGCGACCUCUCGGGCUCCGUCCGAGCGCUCUUUCCAACUGAGCCAACAGUUCGAUUACUCAUGGGUCGUAAGUUUUGGUAUAUAUUGUUCAAGUCUCAGGUUGUGGCUCCAACUCUAAGCAUUAAUUUACUUCUAAAUUGGUUAGAAAUGAUUUUGAGUGUUCCCUAGUCCUAAUAUAGAGAAUAUAUUAGCCAAUAUAAAAAGAAUAGUGAUAAUAUAAACAUAUUAGCCAAUUUAAAAAGAAUAGUGAUGUACAUAAUGUCAAUACUCGAAACAAACAUAAACUCGCAAUUCCAUCUACUAGGCUCCGUAAAAUUGCUAAAUCUUUUAAAGUGGAUUGUGUUAUAUUUUAUAAUAAACUCCCAAAUGAAAUUAAAAUAUUACCAAAUAAAAAAUUUAAAUGUAUCGUAAAAAAUUAAUUAACAUCCUAGCCAAAACAUCCUAGCCAAAACAAGGCCUAUUAUAAUGUGAAGGAUUAUUUGAAUGAUAAAGAUAGUUGGAAUUAAUGUCCCAAAUUUUGUUAAUGAAUAUUAUUAUACUCAUUUGAAUGCUAUUGUAACUUUUGUACUUCAUCCUGACUUGCACUAAAUAACUUAUUAAAUUUUACAGUGAAUAAAGAUUUUGUGACUUUGACUAUAAUAAAAGAUACCUUAUACGAUAACUUGAUUGUCCUUACAUACGGCUGUUAAGUGCCUUAAUAUCACAGGAACGAGAGAAGGAAUGAAGCCAAAAUAAACAUCAUUCCCUAACGUCUGUAAUCCGUUAGGGCUGUAAAAAAUUAAACCAAUAAUUAAAAGAUAAGGUUAUCUAACGAAACAUUAACACGCAGGCAGAUUUAAACUAGGGUAGUUAUUUCCCAAAGACAUGAAUAAUUAUGGGGGUAAUACAACAUACUCACCCAAAACUUAUAAUAUUUCAGGUAAGAAAAUGAAGUCCUUAAAAAAAUUAUUCCUUGUGCUAUUUUACGUUUAGUAGAACUAACAAUAUUGUAAUAAAGAAGGCAUUAAAAUAUGACGACCAAUGAAAAUAAUAUUAUACCACCUAAUUUAGUUAUAGAAUGUUUAUUUAAAUAUAAUUAAAUUAAUUGUAUACAAUUAGAAA